CACGCCCCCGGCCCCGCGCGCGCUCCGGGCUCGCGGCUGCUGCCGGAAGUGGCGGUCCCCGAGGGCGCCAUGGGGGACACCGGGGUGGCCGUGGUGUCACCCGCCGGGGUGGCCGUGGUGUCACACGCCGCGCUCUGUGUCACCAGCCUGGGCUGUGCCAUCGCCACCAGACAGGUGACCCCAGGCCCGGCCGCCGGUUUCCUCCUGCAGGCCCUGGUGGCCGCCAGCACCGCCAUGUCCCCUCUGUGUCACCUCGAUGUCCCCAAGGCGCCACCACCGCCGUCCCCUCAAUGUCCCCGUGAUGUCCCCAAGGCGCCACCACCGCCGUCCCCUUCCUGUCCCCGCGAUGUCCCCAAGGCGCCCCCGGGCUCCUGGAUCUGCUCGGUGCUGUGCCAGCCCUUGGUGGCCUUCGGGUGCCACCGCCUGAGCGGUGACGGUGCCACCGCCGGGGUCCUGCUGGCCUCGGGGACGGCGGUGGCCGCGCUGGCGGCGGCGUGGCCGCGCUUCGUCGCCGAGGGCCGCUUUGUCCCCGCGGGCCACUUUGUCACCGCGCUGACGGCGGCGUCGCUGCUGGCGCUGGCGGCGCUCACGGGCAGCGUCCCCGGGGCGGCGGCGGCGGCGCUGGUGGCGCUCGGGGACGCGGUGGCACCGGGCGCCGUCCCCUGGGUCAGGGUGGCGGCCAGCGUGGCGCUGCUGGGGACACUGCGGGAGCAGCGCAGGGGACACUAGGGACACCGGUGAAGGACAGCAGGGUGGCACUGAGGUGGCACUGGGGUGGUGGCACUGCGAGGACGCCAAUAAAGGACAGCAGGGUGGCACUGGGGUGGCACUGGGGUGGCACUGGGGUGGUGGCGCUGCAGGGACACCAAUAAAGGACAGCAGGGUGGCACUGGGGUGGUGGCACUGCGAGGACACCAAUAAAGGACAGCAGGGUGGCACCCA